CGAACACAAAUCGUCCUCGUUCCUCUUAUAUGAAUCCUAUAUGUACGAUCUCAGUUGCCAGGUCCCCUUCAAAGCGACUCAGUAGUUACAUUCCAGAGGUACGCCGGUUGUCCUCCUCCUGACACUGUUUCUUUAGGUUUGGUGUAAAGAAAAAUCAAAUUGCAGACAUGUUUGCCUGUGCUAAAGUCAUUGCACCCCUUGCACGAAGUGCAAUAAUUGCCAGUCCAAAGACCUUUUUACGGCCACUUAGCAGUACAUUAAGUCAAAGUAGCCAAUUGUUAGUUCAGUCGCCAGUUGUCCAACAACAGUCUCAGAAACCCACACUUUUACCUGCAAUCCGCAGUUUUCAAACUACAGCUGUAACUAGGGAUAUCGAUUCCGCUGCUAAGUUUAUUGGUGCGGGUGCGGCUACAGUUGGUGUUGCUGGCUCAGGAGCUGGUAUUGGAACAGUGUUUGGAUCACUAAUUAUUGGAUAUGCCCGAAAUCCAUCUUUAAAACAGCAACUUUUCUCAUAUGCUAUCUUAGGUUUCGCCUUAUCUGAAGCUAUGGGAUUGUUUUGUCUUAUGAUGUCCUUCCUACUGCUGUUCGCGUUUUAAAAUUGCCAAGAAGGUUACGCUAUCAUACUCCAUCAUUUCGUUACAGUACCAUCAAGUAGAGACAUUCUUUUAUUUAAUAUUGGCAAUAGGACUUUUAAGUAGAAAUAUAUAGACUCCUAAUUAAAUGUAUGACAAAAAUAAUUGUAAAUUUUUUUAUUACACCAGAGAUGAACUGACUGGGUUUAUUAUGUUCGCUAAUUUUUCAUAUGUUUAAUAGGGAGUAAUUGUAAUUUUUUGUGUACAAUUAAAUUAAGCACUAUUGCAUACUGUACAGGAUUAGAAAUUAAUAAAUUUCUUAGUUGUCAUAUUUGUCGAUUAGAUUUAUUAAGUUUUAUCUCUUUCGUUGUUGAAUCCCAGUGAUUUAGAUUUUCAUCUUUCUAAAUUUCAGGAUUAUUUUUACAAAAAAUGCGCUCUUAUAAAUUUUUCAUUCCCAUUAUCUAUGAAACCGUAACGAUUUAGGGAGUAUUCCAAUAGGAACGUUCAAUUGUUCAUUAAAAAUCAUAUGUAUCAUAACGAGAAUAAAAAGUUGAAUUGCG